AUGGGCAGUCUAUCUUCCCCCAAUUCUUUCCAGAAUGAUAAUGUUGAUCUUGUGGUCAUCGGAGGCGGCCCCACGGGUCUUCUUUCUGCUGUGCUCGCACGCCAACAGGGUCUCACUGUUUGCGUUAUUGAAGACGACAAAGAUGGACCGUUGAAGCUGGGCAGAGCAGAUGCUCUAAAUGCUCGAACCCAGCAGUAUCUCGAAGUGGUUGGUGUUCUCAAAGAGCUGCGCUCCAAGGGCAUAGAGUGCAAUACCAGUUCUACCUUUUCAGAGGGUGUCUUCAAGUCCAGACAGAGUCAAUGGUGGACCAGUCUCGAGCAUUGUCUGCACAAGAACUUUCUCAUGAUUGGGCAGCCCGAGGUUGAAUCGGCACUCUUGGGCCUUUUCGAUCACCCAGUGAGCUACAAGGAGCAAGUAGUCUCGAUCUCUGAGGACGAUCGAGGUGUCUCGGUCAACACGAGCCUUGGUCGAAUUGUCCACGGAAAAUACGCCAUUGCUGCCGAUGGCGCCCGUUCCAUGGUACGUAGCAGCCUCGGCAUUUCAUUUACGGGCACGAAGCCCGAGAUGGUGUGGGCAGUCCUGGAUACCUUCAUUGAUACCGACUUCCCUGUAUGCUCGGAAAUCAUCACGUUUCAAUUGAACGGACAGUCGCGGGUCUCGUGGAUACCCCGGGAACGUGGCAUGGCUCGAUUCUAUAUCCUUCUCGACGGGGACAUCAACCAGGCCAGAGCGGAACAGUCCAUCAGAGACCACAUGGCUCCACAUCGGAUAGACUUUGUCAAAACGGAAUGGUUCAGCACCUUUGAGGUCAAGGAAAGGAUAGCUUCCUCUUUCGUCUCCAAGGAGGGCUCCGGCCGAAUCAUUCUGGCAGGGGACGCAGCCCAUGUCCACAGCGUCAACGGUGGACAAGGGCUGAACACUGGGGUAGCUGACGCUUUUGGCCUCGGCUGGCGCAUCGCCAUGGCUGUGCGCGCUGAGAAGGCUGCCCCAGAAGUGGCAAGUCGCCUUAUCAAGAGCUACGAUACGGAGCGCCGCUCUGUUGCCCAGGAUGUCAUUAAUGUCGCAGCCAGGCUGGUGCGCGACACCAUGCACACUGCCAAGCAGUAUGUUGCGACAAUCGAGAAGAACGCCGGCUACAUCACUGGCAUGGGGGUGUCAUACGACGGUACAGGGUCUGCACUGAUAUCAGAGUCCGAACACGGCAUCUGGAAGGCUGGAAGGCGCUGUCCUGAUCUGGCCCUACUCAAGCCGGGAUCAGGGCAGCAGACCCAGUCCGAGCCCCAGAGGCUUUACUCCAUUCCCCGGUACGGGCAGUUCUUGAUUGUCCAGGUGGGAACUAGCCAAGUUGGUGAUGAUCAACACCAGUCCCAAGGUGCGGCACUAUAUCUCACCAUUCGCACACCCAAUCACGACAACAGCGGACAGGCAUGUGGCCUCAGCAUAGAUGAGAGGCAGGAAUUCAGAGCAGACGAUGUCAGUGAAUCUGACGCCUGUGUCGUUGUUGUUCGUCCGGACAUGUACAUUGGUUAUGUGGGCAAUGAGACUGGGGCGGAGGAGUAUAUUGCCGGUUUCUUGGCGUAA